AGCAGAGUUCAGAGCCAAGCUGUAUCUAAUAGUUGACAAACCAAAACCCGAGUAUGGCUCCUCAAAUGAUGGCAAUACGGCCAGAAUUUUUUUCCACAAUCCACAAACAAGUUCAGAUAUCACAGGGGUUGACAGGGAAUGAAUCGAGAAAUUUGCGAUCAUCUUAGGAGUGUUAGCUAGUGGUUGAGCUAUUGAUAUGGAAAAGUUUGCGUCAUUGCUGGAAGAAGCAAGAAAUUUGUAUAUCCACCUUUAUAAAUAAAGCAAACAAAAAACGAAUCCAAGCAGAUGGUACAACAUGCCAAACAGUUUUGCAGAUCGAGCCCUGAGGAACUCCUGAAGGAACUGGCUCAGAGGAGGAAAUUAUUCCUCAGCAAUUACCAAAAUCCUGUGACAAUGGGUCGCGUUCUGAGGAGAAGAGAUGAAGUAGCAUGUCCCCAAAUGGUUAUCGAAUAUAACACCCAUAUGGGCUAUGUCGAUAAGUUCGACAUGCUAAAAAGCCUGUAUGAACUAAACCGUAAGUCACAUAAAUGGUGGCAUAGAAUUUUCUUUUACUUUGUUGAUGCAUGUAUCGUCAACGCGUCAAUUUUGUUUCGAUUGCGGAGCAAAAGCAAUGAAUUUGAAAACAUUUCGUUUGGCUGUAUCCAGGGGCCUCAUUGGCGCAGUAGUUCCUUCCAAACGAGGUAGGUCAUCAAACAAGGAACCUAUAGUAUCAAUAGGUUCAAAAAGUGUGUUCCGUUAGAACUUCGGUAUUCUAAGGCAUGCCACAUGCCAGAAAGAACUACAUUGCUGAGAUGUGCCCACUGUAGCACCACAAAGGAAGUAAGGCGUACA